UAUUGAAAGAGAUGGUUGAUCAGUUCAGAGGUGAAGCUCAGCAGGAAGCCAGCAGCAGCUCAGAGCAACAAGCUGCCAAACCAGGAGAAGUUCCCUGUGACGUCUGCACUGGACCCAAACUGAAGGCCCUGAAGUCCUGCAUGGUGUGUCUGGCCUCCUACUGCCAGACUCACCUGGAGCCUCACCUGACCGCUCCACGUCUGAAGAAACAUCAGCUGAUGGAGCCAGUGGAGAACCUGGAGGACAGGAUGUGUCUGCAGCACGAUAGACCUCUGGAUCUGUUCUGUAGGACCGACCAGACAUGCGUCUGCUCACUCUGUCCUGUUUUAGACCACAAGAACCAUGAGUUUGUUCCUCUGAUAGAAGAAUCUGAAGGAAAGAAGGCAGAGCUGAGGAAGACAGAGGCUCAAGUUCAGGAGAUGAUCCAGGAGAGACGACUGAAGAUCCAGGAGAUCAGAGAGUCGGUGAAGAUCAGUAGAGAUGCUGCAGACAGAGAGAAAGCUGGAGGUGUUCAGGUCUUCACGGCUCUGAWGGAGUCUGCUGAGAGAGGCCUGAAGGAGCUCAUCAAGGAGAUCCAAGACAAACAGGAAGCUACAGAGAAACAGGCUGAAGGCUUCAUCAGAGAUCUGGAGCAGGAGAUCUCUGAGCUGAAGAAGAGGAGCUCUGAGGUGAAGCAGCUCUCACAGGAUGAAGAUCCCCUCCACCUCCUCCAAAGCUUCUCCUCCCUGAAAGMUGCUCCACCCACCAAGACCUGGACAGAGGUCAGAGUUCAUCCACCAGCAUAUGAGGGGACUGUGGAGAAAGCUCUGGCUCAGCUGGAGGAGAAGAACCAAGUGAUGAUCAAGAAGUUGAUGGCGAUGAAGAGGGUCCAGCAGUUUGCUGUUGAUGUGACUCUGGAUCCUGAUACGGCUAAUCCUAACCUCAUCCUGUCUGAUGAUGGAAAACAAGUGAAACAUGGAGAUGUGAUGAAAAAUCUUCCAUACAAGCCAGAGAGAUUUGAUCAGUGUCCAUGUGUUUUAGGUCAGCAGAGUUUCUCUUCAGGCAGAUUUUACUUUGAGGUUCAGGUUAAAGGAAAGACUGACUGGGAUUUAGGAGUGGCCACAGAAUCCAUCAACAGGAAGGGAAAAAUCGCAGCAAGUCCUGAGAACGGUUUCUGGACUGUUGUGUUGAGAAAAAGAUAUGAGUAUAAAGCUUGUGCAGGACCUUCAGUCCAUCUCUCUCUGUACCCUUGUCCUCAGAAGGUCGGGGUGUUUGUGGAUUAUGAGGAGGGUCUGGUCUCCUUUUAUGAUGUAGAUGCUGCAGCUCUGAUCUACUCCUUUACUGGCUGCUGCUUCAAGGAGAAACUCUACCCGUACUUUGGUCCCUGCCUAAAUGAUGGAGGUAAAAACUCUGCUCCUCUGAUCAUCUGUCCUGUUAAUUGGGCUGAUCGUUGAUCUGAGUAACUCUGCAGGUGAAGUCCUAUUAGUGGAGAGGAGAGCUUGGAAACGUCCUCAGCAGAUAUUUCUAGCUUCUGAUUGAUUAAAUGAUAAGAAAACAGU